CAAAAUUGAUAGCUCCUUCACUUGUUUCUGAUUUUGAUUGGCCAGGGAUCAUCAUCAUAAGUCGACUGGACCAUGCAGAAUCAGCAGCCGAAGGACAUAACAUACCAGAAAAUCGCAUGGACGAUCAGAAACUUCAGGACAUUGAAGACCAAUACCCGACAUUACUCUGAGGUUUUUACUAUCGGCGAUUGUAAUUGGAAAGUGUGUGUAUACCGAGGAAGACAGGACGGCAAGUUUUUGGCCAUAUAUUUGUACGUAGCCGAUGCUUCGAGUUUGCCUUCAGGGUGGAGCAUAGAUGCAGACCUCACUCUCACUGUGGUCAAUCAAGUUUCCAGGGAAAAAUCUGCAAAAGGAGAUAUAAAACACAAGUUCUGUGCACAUGCAGUUAAUAGGGGUUACGCAUCCUUUAUGCCUUUGAGGGUACUUCAGGACCCAUCCAGUGGGUUUAUUUCCAAAGAUAAUUGUAUUGUGGAAGUUGAAUUUUAUGUGGUCAAACCUGAUCGCAUUGAGCCUCCAAGCCAUUUAACUUAUCCUUCCUUGUCCAAGGAAUCCAAACAAGUUCCCGCAAAGGAACCAAAGGCGGUUGAGGAUGAUGAUGUGGUUGAUUUCAAGGAUUUGGGGCGAAUAGAGAAACCGUUUGUUCCACUGCUAGAGGAAGUUCUUUCAUGGCAUCCCUCAUUGAUGGACUGUAAGAACAAUAGAAGUCGUAGGUUUACAGAGUGGGCAUUUAAUGGUUUGGGUCGAGUUCUACAAUUUUUGAAGGAAAAGAAGUGGAAGGAUAUGAACGACGAGAAUUGCGAGCAACUUCAAAAUUUAUGGGAAGAACUUGAGAUAAGUAGAUUAGACUUAAGUUGGUUGGAACCUCUUGUUAAAUCUGCUUUAAAAAUGAAAGGAUACGAGGAGAAGGCAGAAAAAGUGAAGAAGUUGAAGGAAAACUUGGAGGCUUUGGAGACAGAAAUGAAGGAGUUAAAGGAAAAACUGGGUGACUCAGACCAAAAUGUUGAAAUGAUAAGAAAAGAUUUGGCCAAUGUAGAAGAAGGCUUCGAAGAAAAGGAUUUAGAUGCAGAAAUUGGAUAUGGAAAACCCUAAAAUAAGGAUGUGGAUGAUUACCUAAUGUAAAAGGACCACUGGAUGCGUAGAAUUCUUUUAUUAUUAUUUACUUUUUA